GUUAGGAUUUGACGUUCUAUUAUCUGUGAUUUCUGUGAACUCGAACUGUGAAGUAAAGCUUUGUAUUUUGUAUUUUAUUUAUUACCGUAUUACAAAUAAUUAAUAAAGACGCGCCACGUAUGAAGUUAUGAUAUAGACAAUAAUAACAUAGUUAAUUGUAUUUAUAACAGUGUUUUAGUAUUUAAACAAGUUGGGUAAAGCAUUUACAAUAUAAUACAAUAAAAUGAGUAGUUCUGAUAAGAAAUUGGGGGAGAUACGUGCACUUAUACUCGUUGGUGGCUAUGGGACCCGUCUUAGACCAUUGACUUUAAGUAGACCUAAGCCGCUAGUGGAAUUUGCCAAUAAACCAAUAUUAAUGCAUCAAAUUGAAGCAUUGGUAGAUGCUGGAGUGACGCAAGUCAUUCUUGCUGUUUCCUACAGAGCUGAGGAUAUGGAAAAAGAGCUUACAGAGCAAGUAUCGAAACUAGGAGUAUCACUUACCUUUUCUCAUGAGACAGAACCACUUGGCACAGCAGGACCUCUUGCACUUGCUCGUGAUCUGCUCAGUGCCAGUCCUGAGCCAUUCUUUGUAUUAAACUCUGAUGUGAUCUGUGAAUUUCCAUUUAAAGAGCUGGCCAAAUUUCACAGGAGCCAUGGAAAGGAAGGAACAAUAGUAGUAACAAAAGUAAAAGAACCUUCCAAGUAUGGAGUAGUUGUAUACAAGGAUGAUGGAGAAAUUGAAAACUUUGUUGAGAAACCACAGGAAUUCAUUUCUAAUAAAAUCAAUGCAGGAAUGUAUAUUCUUAAUCCAUCAAUACUGGACAGAAUUGAGUUACGUCCAACAUCAAUUGAGAAAGAGGUAUUUCCUUUCAUGGCAAAGGAUGGUCAGCUUUAUGCUAUGGAAUUAGAAGGAUUUUGGAUGGAUGUCGGACAGCCAAAAGAUUUUCUAACCGGUAUGUGCCUAUACUUAACCAGCUUACGCCAAAAGAAUUCUAACAUGUUACAUGAAGGCGACGGAGUUGUGGGUAACGUAAUAAUUGACCCUACGGCAACUAUUGGAAAAGGAUGUCGGAUAGGACCGAACGUUACAAUUGGGCCGAAUGUUGUCAUUGAAGAUGGUGCAUGUAUAAAGCGUAGCACUAUUCUCCGCGGCGCGUGCGUCCGCCAGCACGCCUGGCUCGACGGGUGCAUCGUUGGCUGGAAGUCAGUCGUCGGCCGAUGGGUUAGGAUGGAGAACACCACAGUGCUCGGCGAAGACGUAAUAGUCAAGGACGAAUUAUACAUCAACGGUGGUCAGGUUCUUCCUCAUAAAUCUAUCGCCUUAUCUGUUCCCGAGCCACAGAUAAUAAUGUAAUUAUGAGGUGUUUUUUAAUUUUUUUAUAUCAACGACAGAAAUUUUUACUAUUUAGGCUAAAAAUAUCUAAAGAUUUAGAUAUCAUUGUAUUUAUUAUUCAGCUAUUUUGUAAAUCCACAUAAAAUAUUGAACACCAGUGCAAUAGUAAUAUAUAAAAUAAAGGAUUUUAUGUUUAUUAUAUGUACUUUUAAAAAACGAUUGAAGGGCUUCUUGCUGUUCGUUAGGGCUUAGAACAAUAGUUAGUAAAAGGGCUGCAAUUGCGGAAAAUAACCAUAACGUUAUGAUUAUAAUUAUUUAUUUAUUUUGCAAAAUUAUAUUGCAUUAUUUAUUGUAAUUAUUAUAUUAAAUUAAAAUAAAAUUUAAGUUUUGAUUUUAAACAUUUUAAAUUAUUGUUUUCGGCGGAAAAUAUUGGCUGUAUAAUUAUUGUUUUUUAUUAUAUUUGAGUUUUUAUAUAUCUUUGAAUAAUGGUACUUAAAAACUCUGUCAUAUAUCAAUGUAUAAAAUGUUUUUAUUAUAUCGAAACUAAGCUUAGAAGGUCAUUUGUUAAGUUCGCACAAAGUUAUUCCUUUAUGUUUUUGUAAUAUUAAUUCAUUAGGAACAUCCGUAGGUCACCGUAUAUGACGAAUACGAUUUAAAUAUCUUCAUUCAACAUAGAAGUAUUACUUGCUUAUUGAAUCUUAAAUUUCUAUCACUGGUUUGGAAAGAAAAAAGAAGAAAAUCAGUAGGGUAAUAUUUUUAUUUGUUAGAUAUUCUUGAAUACAAUGAUAAUUUAUUAUUUUUUUUGAAAAUUCCUUCUUUUAUAAUUAA